AUGGAUGCAUUGCUGACUGAACAGGCCAUUUUACAUGGCAGAAUUGAUCGUACCUAUAGUAACUUUAAGAAAGAGGGAGCUGGCAAGAUGAAUGUGAGUAGUUGCAAAACACGAAUUCAAAAUUUGGAAAAAUUGUGGACUACCUUCGGAUCAAAUCAUUAUGCUUUGCUCCGUCUGGAAUCGGCUGAAACAAAAACUGUUACAUAUUUCAAAGACAAUUAUUUCGAUACAACCGAGGAACUGUAUUUGCAGAGAAAAAUUGAAUUUCAAACCUUUUUGGAUUCGCAACCAGAGACUUCGAAGUCGGGUAGUCCCCGGGUUUCAAGCGGUUCAAAUGCUAUGCAGGCCGAUGAAAUGGAAAGACUUCCUAGAAUUUCCUUGCCCACAUUCAGUGGUGACUUUUGCGGGUGGGAGUCGUUCAGAGACUUGUUCACUACUUUAGUUAUUAAGAAACAAAAUAUUUCAAAUGCUACAAAGCUUCACCAUUUGAAAACCAGCUUAUGCGGAGAUGCCAAGCGUUUAAUAGACAGUUUUGCUAUCACUGAAGAUAAUUUUGAGUUAGCCUGGAAUACUCUCAAGGACAGAUACGAAAAUAAGCGCAGGCUAGUUUCAUCUCACCUCAAUGCUAUUUUUGCUGUCAAACCAAUGAGAAAGGAAGCAUCUUCCGAAAUUAAAAGAAUUUUAUCUGGAGUAACUACUCCACUAGCUUCUCUUAGAGCUCUCAAGCGCCCGGUCGAUAACUGGGAUGAUAUUUUGGUUCACUUGGUGGUGUCCUUAUUGGAAGCUGAAACUAGAAAGCAUUGGGAAAAUCACAUUGGGAACAAUUCGGCUUCUUUCGAACCUCCCAGUUUCAAAUUCUUGUCUGGUUUCCUCGAAAGUCAAAUUUCCAUUCUGGAGGCGUUAGAAGAUACUUCUCAUAAAAUCAGCCCAAAAUGUAAUUCAGAUUCUGUGCAAAAAGGCUCUAAUUCCAGGCCGGUGAACUCGGCUUUGCCGGCGUCUAAGACCUUUCAUACCGAGAGUCGUGUGAACAAAUGUCUUAUUUGUUCGAAGGAUCAUUUUUUUCUAUACUGUGGUGUUUAUAAAAACAAGACCCCAGCUCAAAGAAGAGAUUUUGUUGUAAGCAAAAAACGUUGUUUUAACUGCUUAUCCUUACAUACUCUGCGGGAUUGCAAGUCUCGCAAACGUUGCCAAUAUUGUAGGGGCAAGCAUCAUUCGUCACUUCAUUUUACCGUUCAAAAUGCCCCUGAAAUGCCAUCAUCCAGUGGUGCGGAUCAUCUUACUACUUCUGCUGGUCCAUCGACUAGGUCUACAGUAAAUUUCUGUAGAUCACCUGCAACAGUACUGCUAGCUACAGCUCUGGUUAAAAUUUGCUGCGAUAAUGGUACUGUAACUUAUGCUCGGGCAUUGAUUGAUCAAUGCUCUCAAUCCUCGUUUAUUUCCGAAUCCCUAUGUCAGAGGUCAAGAAUGAGGUACAGACCAGUAUUUUUACCCAUUUCUGGCGUAGGAGGCAAAACCAGUUUUACUUGUCGCAAAGUUGUGAAUUUCGAGCUAAAACCACAUUAUAUCUCUGACUUCUCAUCUAAAGUGGAAGCAUUUGUACUUCCAGAAAUUUCAUCAUAUUCCCCAAAUUGGAAUUAUAGUUCACGGUGGGGUCAUCUUGAUUCUCUGAUGUUAGCCGAUCCAAAUUAUCUUGAAAAAGGAUGCGUAGAAGUGCUAUUGGGUGCCGUAGUCCAUGCAAAAAUCAUGAGAGGAGAGUUGAUUCGUGGAAAAACUGAUGAACCCAUUGCGAUGAACACUAGCUUAGGUUGGAUAGUGUCCGGUAACACGGCAAUGCCUGGGGAAUAUGUUUCACCGACUGUGUUACAUCUGAAUGACUCGGAAGCCUCAUUGAAUGAUAUGUUUUCUCGGUUUGUGGUCCAGGAGGAAUUUUUUGAUGAUAUGAAACCUCCAACCCCUGAUGAGUUGACGAAUGAAAACCAUUUUUUGGAGACUCAUUCCAGGGAUGCGGCAGGUCGUUAUACAGUCCAUUUGCCCUUAAAAAAUUGUGCCCGAAGUUUAACUUUUCCCAAUAUAUACCACAUCGCAAGGAACAUGCUGCUUAAAAUGGAAGAGCGGUUUCAAAGGGAUGCCCAUUUUGAGGCAUUAUACAAGUCUUUCAUGUUAGAAUAUCUUGAGGCGGGUCAUAUGAGGGAAAUAGAGCUUUCCGAGAUGUCUGAUUGCCACUAUUUCUUACCCCAUCAUGGAAUUUUAAAGCGAAAAGAUAAUGUUGCGAAACUGAGAACGGUCUUUAAUGGUUCAGCGAAAGCUGCGAAUGAUCUUUCGAUUAACGAUGUGCUUCUUCAAGGUGCCAAUCUAUUGCCAGAUUUGUCCAAUUUAAUACUGAGUUGGAUGAAAUACCCUUUAGUGUUUGCAACCGAUAUUCGACAAAUGUUUCGUCAAAUUCGAGUAGCUGAAAACGAUCAGUAUUUUCAAGCUAUCUUAUGGCGAUUUCAAUCUGAUCAACCUAUAAAAAUAUUCUUAUUACAAACAGUCACAUAUGGAAUGAUCAGUAGCCCAUUUUUGGCCAACAGAGUACGACGACAACUUGCUGAGGAUGAGCUAUUAACUUAUCCAUUGGGCGCCCAAAUUUUGAAAGAGGAAACCUAUAUGGAUGAUGCGAUGUCUGGAGGCUAUGAGCUAGAAGAGGCGUUACAAAAGCGAAACGAAUUGAUCAAAAUUUGCAAAGUGGGUGGUUUUGAGCUACAUAAGUGGCUUUCUAAUGAUCCUCGAUUGGUGGAUCAGCUGCCAUCCGAGGAUCGAGCAGAUUCAUUGAACGAUGAAUCUUCCGAUUUCUGUUUCAAUGUGCUGGGUCUCUCGUGGAAUACUGGUGGAGAUUUUUUCUGCAUUGAGAUAUAUGUUGACAGUCUCAAAGAUGAUUUCUGCUUGACCAAAAGGUCAAUACUCUCUAAGGCAUCAAAAUUAUUCGACCCGCUAGGCUGGUUGGCUCCAGUGAUAAUCACUACUAAGUCGUUCUUGCAACAGCUAUGGCUUCACAAAAUAGACUGGGACAAUAAAAUACCUCCUGAAUUAGCUAACAAGUGGAUAACUUGGUAUAGGGAAUUAGUUCAGCUGAGGAAUAUUCGUAUAAGUAGAUGGUUAGGUUAUCAUCCAAGUGCAGAAGUGGUGGAAAUUCAUGGUUUUGCAGAUGCCAGUAAGACUGCCUACUCAGCUGUCACUUACUUGCGUGUGAUCUUCGAGAACCAAGUAAAAGUUCACAUUAUGCAGGCUAAAACUAAGGUAUCUCCAGUGAAGCCACUGCACACUAUUCCAAAGUUGGAGUUAUGUGCAGCUACACUACUUGCAAAACUUGUCAAAAAGGUACACAGGGCACUUUCUAUGGAGAAAUGCAGCGUACAUCUGUGGACUGAUUCCACUGAUGUGCUUUGCUGGUUAAAGAAGCACCCUUCACAUUGGCCGGUAUUUGUCGCUAACCGCUGCUCCAAGAUCCAUUCACAGUGUCCCCAUGCCACAUGGAGACAUGUCAAGUCCCAUGAAAACCCUGCUGACUGUGCUUCUAGAGGAAUUAGUGCUAAAGCGUUGAUAGAUCAUGAGCUCUGGUGGGCAGGUCCACCUUGGCUACACAAUUUAUCAUUAUUAUUUAAUGUCGAAUCAAACAGCAAUUCUGAAAGAGAUAAUGCGAGUGCUCUUCUUGUUUCUUGUAAGAGUGAUGUUCCUCAAACUUGGAGUGUAAUUGAAAACUACUCUUCGCUGACCAAGUUGGUUCGAACUCUGGGCUAUGUGCUGCGUUUUAUAUGCAUCACUUCAAACAAGGUACCAUCAUUGAAGGCUCGAUUGACUUCAAAUUCCUGUAAAUGGUUUUCUAUCAGCGAAACUGUUUACUCUUCUCCUGAAUUAACCACUGACGAACUCACUAGAUCGCGACUUACUUGUGUUUACAUUGUUCAGCGCACCUUUUUCGAUCAAGAAUUGAACUUUCUUUCGAAAAACCAACAACUCUCUAAGUCCAACUCCCUCACUAAACUUGACCCUUUUAUUCACGAAGGAUUAUUGAGAGUAAAUGGCCGCCUACAUAACGCUAAUUUGAACUUUGAAGAAAAACAUCCGUUGAUAAUACCGUUUGAUAGUUACUUCACUUUGCUUCUUAUUCGAAAUGCCCAUGCUAAAUCUUUGCACGGUGGUUUGAAGCUAACCAUCAGUAGUUUGAGGCAGGAAUAUUGGAUUAUUCGCUGCAGACAGCUAGUAAAAAAGGUGAUGAGAGAAUGUACAACCUGCAUCCGAUAUCGUGGUACUUUUAGUUACCAGAAGCUUGGUACAUUGCCUUCCUUCCGAACAAAACCUUCCAGGCCGUUUUCCAAGUCUGGUGUAGAUUAUGCCGGCCCAUAUCUCAUAAGGUCCUCCAAGGGUAGGGGUAAGACUGCGUUGAAGGGUUAUAUUGCUGUGUUCAUUUGCUUGUGCACGAAGGCCGUACACCUCGAAUUGGUGUCCGGUUAUAGUAGUGCCGAUUUCAUUGCUGCUUUUCGUCGGUUUACUUCAAGGCGAGGUCAUUGCACAGAUCUCUAUAGUGAUCAAGGAACGACGUUCAUUGGCGCUGACAAAGAGCUCAAGGAGCUGUAUAAAAAAUCAUCGUCUUUUAUAAAAGACAUCACCAAGAAACUCAGUGAUGAAUCCACGCAAUGGCAUUUUAACCCACCAGCUGCUCCCCAUUUUGGUGGCAUUUGGGAGGCUGCGGUAAAGUCUACCAAACACCACUUACGUCGUGUUGUGGGAAGUCACACACUUACGUUCGAGGAGUUUUACACUCUUUUAACCCAGAUCGAGGCCUGUUUGAACUCUCGUCCACUUUUACCGCUGUACGAGGAUUUGUCAGAUAUCCAGUCACUGACUCCUGCUCAUUUUUUGAUACAGUCCGCUUCUUACAUCGUACCUGAACCUUCUCUUUCAGAUGAAAAAAUUCCUCCUAUGCAGCGUUGGAAACAAAUUCAACAGAUGCUUCAAGAUUGGUGGAGACAAUGGUCUCAAGAGUACUUGCAAACUCUUCAAACGCGGUACAAGUGGCAAACUGAACAGUCAGUAAUUCAAGCUGGUGAUCUCGUUCUUUUAACGAAUGGAAAUUGUCCGCCUGCUAAGUGGCCUCUUGCCAAGGUAAUUGAUACUUAUCCUGGGUCCGAUAAACUAGUUAGAGUUGUAAAGAUACGUACUGCUACUACUGAGCUAAUAAGACCUAUAACUAAGCUGGUACUGCUUUGUAAAGGUGCUUGUUAA